AAGAAAAUAGUAGAGAACAUUAUGAAAGAAGCAAUACAGUAAAAAUUACCAGAAAUGAAGGACUAGAAGUUCAUGUCUGAGUUAGAAGCAAGUACCUAGCAGUCGUUAAAAAAGAGUUGUGCUAAAACAUGUCACCUGAAGAUUUCAGGGCACUGAAACUUUAGAGGAGAUGAAAAGAAAAAAAAAAAAAAUCACAGAGGAUGGAGAAUCAGAACAGCCUGCUUAACAGCAAGACCUAGGAGACAAUAGAAUACUACCUUAGAAUACUGAGAAAAAUGGUUUCCAGUUCAGAAUUCCCCUCACAGCUCAGUUCUCAAUCAUAGGGUAUAGUGGAAAAGAGAAAUUUUUGGAGAUGCAAAGGCUAAGAAAAAUAUCCAUCUAACAUACUUAUUUUAGGGAGAAGAUAGUCUUCCAAAACCAGGGAGUAAAAGAGAAAGAGUCGGAUAAAGGAUCCAGGGUUUAGAGAAUGGGAUAGUUGAGGGCCUAAGCGAAUCUCAUUCUGAUCAUUGUGUAUCAUGCUACAAAGUAACCGUUCUGACUGGAGCAAGACAUUGAAACAUGUCUUUAACUAAAAUACCUCCUGCAUUUAAUUGCUUUUUCUUUUCCCAGUCCUAUCAGAGAGCCUAGGAAUGAUUUAGUCAUAGGAAUAGAGGAAACUUGAAAAGAUGACGCCACUCUUCACUCUGCAAGUAAACGUGAUUGUGCAAGAUAGGAAAGCGAGCAUAGUAUAUUACAUGGCUCAGCUUUGAACAAAGGUUAUGUUACAUAAUACUGUGGAUUCCAAGUUUUAGAAGAUGAGAGAAAGUCCCAUGGGAAGGUGUUGUGCCUGGAAUCCAAUCCAGGGAAGUGCAGUGCCACUGAACCACAGCCCCGGCCCUCCCCAAAGAGCAGAUUUAAUCGGUUGCAUUCUUGUGUACUCUCCCCUCCUUGCACUUGUCGGUAAACAUCCACUGGAGUUACUUAGAGUGAAAGUAGCUGCAGGAGUCAGUUGGACGAACAAGGCCAAGGCAACUUGCAAGGAUUUUGCUGUCCUGGUGGAUCUUCAUGUAUCACCACAAGGAUCAAACAGAGAUAACAGCUGGUUUUCUGAACAGAAGAAAGAGGAAGUCUGUUUGCUAUUAAAAGAAACCAUUGAUUCCAGAGUUAAGGAGUACUUGGAAGUCCGUAAACAGCACAAGCCAUCAAAUACAGAAUUCACAAGAUCCAGUCCCUUGUCCUUAAAAGGUAAUGUGAAUUUUUGGAAGACUAAGGUUUUGGCAUUGUGCUAUGGAUAUCACAUCACUGCCUAUUUCCUCAAGAGGGGGAUUCGCCUUCACUGCAUUGGGAGCUCACAGAAUACUAAACUCCGGGUAUUCCCUGACCGAUUUGUGGUCUGCAUUAGUCAGCUUGCAGCCAGUCCUGGUAUCUUGGCAAAUGAGAAAGAAGAACUGACAGAAAGAGCUCUCCAUGGAGUGUCUGAUUAUUUUGCUGAGUGUGCGGAGAGUCCACUUCCUCCCAGUGCAAAGCGCAAGAGAAACGCUCUGAAAGAAAUUGUGAAAAGAACUAAAACAAAAAGCGUCUCAAGCAAAUCUCAGAGCCACGGGGCCACUGUGGGAACAUCUAGUGACUCGGAGAUUUCAGUGGUAGCAAAGAGAAGUGACGAUGAUCCCGCCUCAUCCACUCCCCCUUCAGAAGCCAUGGGACAAGCAAAAGAUUACAUAAAGGCAGUGGAGAGCCGCUGGAGGCUUCCUGUUCAAAAGCUGGAAAAUGUUAAUCAGACUCAAACAGAAGACCCUAGCAGCCAGCAAAAACCUCAUCCUGGGGAGCGGUUAAAGACAAGGCUUCUAAGCAGGAGCCCCGUCUAUAGCUGUGAGUCAGCAUCACUAGGUCCAAAGCAAAGUCCACAGGCAGCCAAAACACAACAGAAACGCAGGAACUGUGGCUCUGCAGAAGACUCUGACCACCACAAGAGAGUUUCUCUUGGAAGUGACCGAUUAAUCUCGGGAGAAAUAAUAGUGGAAAAAAGCGCAGCUGUCAGUGUUUUGCCAACUUCAGAGCUGUCAGAUCCGGGGUUACUCUUGAAACAAGAUUUGGCAAAAACCACGGCUAAGGAAGAGUUGCAUGUUUUGGAAAAUCUCUCCUCCAGACAUCUGAUGAAAAAUAACCUAACACAGGCACAGCAAACCAGCUCAGCCACAAACACAGGGAGAUUAUCUACAACUCAGGGCAGCCGAACCACAAGAAGAAAGAAAUUGCAAAGGAUUGCAGAGUUGUAGUUGAGGAUGCAGUGGCCAGAUCUGUGACAAGAGAUCCACGUGUACAGAUGCUGAGAUAGAAAAGGAAUUCAUUAGAAUGAUUAUCAUAAAUAAAAAGUAUGAUUUGUGUUAGGGUUAGCUUUCAAGCAGUCACCUCCAGGAGGCUGUAUGGUUGUUCUAAUAAUGUUGCUUUCUUGUCACAUUUAAUAACUGUCUUCAAAAGUUACUUUAAUGACAAAGAGGCAUGCAUCUUGACAAGGAGGAUACCAUUCGUGCAAGGGCUGCAUGGAGAACAAAUCAGGUGCCCUUUCUUGACACAUGACUGUGCAGACCUUGUGAUGGGGCCAUAAGGCCAGUACUAUGGUACUGCAGUUCUGUGGUGGGGGACAGUUGAUUUUCUGCCUAGUGAAAGAAUAAACUUGUAGUACUCAGCAUGUAGUCCCAAUACCAGCAUCAUGGUAACAAAUUAAAAAUGUGGGUAUUGGGUAUUGGGUCCCAUGCAGACCUGCUGAAUGAGAAACUGGGCCAUUCUCAAAUAUGCUCAAGUCUGAGAACCACUGGACUAAUGGGAGACUCCCUCAUGUUAAUUCAUUCAGCCUGGUUACCAUGGCCUCCAGCUCAUCAGCUGGGGCCACGUGUGGACAUGCACAUCCUCAGAUUCCCUCAAACUUGUAAAAUACCUGGGCUCAGAAUGAGUCAGUCUGUUCCCAGGUUCUACAGUAGGACAGCCAAAGCACCUAGGGAGCUAUAACACUUCUAAUUGCUGGAAGUUUGUGGGUAAUUCAUCCUAGCAUUAUGGGAAGACAUGGGAGAGGCUUGCUCUUGCUUGCAGCUCAGGCAUGCCUCUGUCCAUGCCCUUGCACCUCUAGCAUUUUGGAUAGGUUCAGGACAGACCAGAAUCCAAUGGGGCUCAGUGGCCAGAAUUUUCAUUUUCCCAUUUAGAAGGCUUCUUGGGCAGUUUAAUUCCCUGUGACUAUACAGCCUACUCUUACGAUGGUACCACAGAAAGACAAGUAAUCUAAGAGGUCAGCCUGGAAAGUUAAUCUGGACCCUAUUUUGCUUCUGGUAAUUUUGAAGUUUUUUUAGGAAAAGGUUAAAGUCAAUGAAAAAGAGAAAUUCUCAGCAAAGUUGUUCACAUUGGACAUUUCAAAAAUGAAAUCACAGUUGUUUCUGAGACAUGAUUCUCUGAAAGGUACUUGAAAUAUAUUCCCUGGAAGUACCUCAAAAAGAAAUCUUCAUGAUUGGCUUCUUGUGGCUUUAUCUGACAGUGAGACUGAAUUUUGUUACUUUCAGUCACGAUGGAGAUGGAGCAGAAUCUGAGGACUAGGUAAAGCCACUCCAUACCGGGCUUUGGUUGCUAAUUUUUAAAAAAUGAAGGAUUCACUGUUUCAUUAUAAAGUAAGAAGCCAUAUUCAAAGGCUACCCAUCCAAAUGUACCUUUUUUUCUGCUUACCAUCAGAUGAUCCUUUAAAGUAGCAUCUCCCCUAAGCAAAAGGAAAAUCAAGUGUAGUCCCCAAAAUGUUUAAAUUAACAGAAAAAAUACCCGCAAAAUAAUACAAAAACAGGCACAGGGUAGAUUCAUGCUUGUGGUGCAUGAGUGGUUUCUCCCACCUCCUUAUGCCCUCCCCCAUACCUCCUUUCUCUGAAUGUCCUGUGUAAGCUGAGGUCCAACCGUAGGCCACCAUACUUCACGGCACUAUUUUGUGUUGUGAGGUUUAACUGUGGUCACAAAGCCUGGCCUUGUGUGUCUGUUACUUUGGGAUUCCAGCCCUGCCUAGAAACUUGUCCCUUUCCUGCACUUUCAGGCUCGCCACCUCCUCUAGAACCACACCAUAGUCCUACUCCCCACCCCACCCCCAGGGGGGUUCCUUUCCACUUCCUUCCUAGCUUUCUUCCCACUCCCAGCUGACUCCAGUCAAAGAACUCUAUAGGCAAAGAGUGAGCCCAACAGAAUGCUACCUCAGCAGAGCUGAUUGUGCUUGUACAGUAGGGGUAGACUGUUCAGAAUGGAAACUUGUGGAGAAGUGGUAGAACACUGAUGACGGUGGCCCUCUCUGUUAGAAUGAUCAGUAUUCAUAGGCCCUCUGUGUUAGAAUGAUCAGUAUUCUAGAUAUACUCUUUACAAUGUGUCAUUGAAUCAUUUUAAACAAAAAAUUAUUAGAUCAGUUUAUAAACAGGGAGGGUACAAGUAAUCUCACUGGUAGAUAAGAAACUGCUCUCUGGAAGAGUAUAAAAUAAAAACAGUGACCCUGCCAGAAGCUGUUGCCUGCUCUAGAACUAGGAAGGGACAUUGAAAGUGAAAUCAGCAGAGGAGGUUUUAUUGAGCUGCUUUUAUUUCAGUAGUUGACCUAGUCUUAAUCGAUAAGGCCAAUAUGUGUGCGUAUAAUGAUUUUCUUUCAAUAAAAGUCUUGGAUGCAGA